CGCCAUUCCAAAGCGCAUGCGCAUUCACGUCUGUGAUGUCGCUGUUGCUGUUUCAACGGUUGAGCUCAGGACAAGGUGCUUUAGUGAUAACGACCGGAAGGAGUUUGCCACAAAAGUUGUGUGGUGUCCCGCUGAUAAAUAACAGAAGCAAGUUCACCAGAUACAGUUAUUACAAUGAAGAACUAUAUCACGGCCACAUCCCCACCACUCCCAUUCAGAAGGCCUUGUUGGCAGUUGGCUCAGGUGUCGCCGCCCUACAGAACCCCUAUAGGCAUGACAUGGUGGCAGUGCUUGGAGAGACAACAGGAUACCUGGCCUUGUUAAAGCUCAGGGACCGGAUGAGAAAUGACCCUGAGGGAUAUGCGGUCCUCACGGAGAGGCCAAGAAUUCGACUGUCGACGAUGGAUUUGAGAAAGAUGGCCUCGUUACCCGAGGGAUCCUUCGGCCGAGAAUACCUCCGUUUUCUGGAGGACAACAGUGUGACUCCUGACUCGAGGGCAGAUGUGAAGUUUGUGGACAAUGAGGAGCUAGCUUACGUCAUGCAGAGAUACAGAGAGGUCCACGACCUGCUUCACACUUUACUUGGCAUGCCCACCAACAUGCUCGGUGAAGUGGCUGUUAAAUGGUUUGAAGCCGCUCAGACAGGGAUCCCCAUGUGCGCCCUCGGAGCUCUGUUGGGCCCAUUUCGGCUAAACCCAAGUCGCCUGCAGUCACUGGUCACGUUGUUGGGCCCCUGGGCCGUGCAGAAUGGCCAACGGGCACGUUGCGUCCUCAGCAUCUUCUAUGAGAGACGAUGGGAGCAGAGCCUGGAGGACCUGAGGCAAGAGCUCAACAUCGAGCCUCCUCCUACAUCAUAUAAUCAAUCAUAUAAAUCCUGACAGUCUCUUGAGGCGUGUGGCAAAGAUGAAAAUUUUAGAUUUUUGGUUUUGUAUUGACUGAAUGCAUGUGGUGGGAAUGAAUGGAAAAAUCUCUCUCUGUGAUCAAUUGUAUUCUAUGUACAGUAUAUUACAUUUUUGUUUUCAAAAACAUAAAACUAUUUUACCUCUUAACAAUUACUUUCAUAGUUUUUAUCUUUAUAAAUCAACCUUUUUUAUGAUGGCAACAAUUGUUCUCGGAAAGUUUUCUCCGGUUUCCUCCCACAUUCCAAAAACAUGCAUGUUAGGUUAAUUGGCGACUCUAAAUUGUCCAUUGGUAUGAAUGUGAGUGUGAAUGGUUGUUUGUCUAUAUGUGCCCUGCGAUUGGCUGGCGACCAGUCCAGGGUGUACCCACCUCUCGCAGGAUGUCAGCUGGGAUAGGCUCCAGCAUACCCCCACGACCCAAAUUAGGAUAAGCGACAUAGAAGAUGGAUGGAUGGAUUCCCCUGGAAAUACUGCCCCCUUGUGGCUGUAUGAGUCUAAAAAUCAGUGUAAACUAUUUUUUUGGCACCGUUGGGGGGACAGAAAGCUAAUAUUAUACAUAGAAGAUUAAUAAAAGCUGCAGACAAACAUUGUAAUGAUUCAUUUACUGGACAAAAAUGAUUUGGAUGACUUUUUCUACAAACAGUUUAUCUGGAUUAUUAAAAAACAUUUUAAACAUCAGUCAAAAAUAUGAAAUUAUAGUACGCUGAACAUUUAAAUCUUUUACAUUCAUAAAGUACAAAAUGUCCUUGUUAAUGUUUUGCCAUUGUUGCUGGUUUGUCAGUGCAGUAUGGUGAUACUUCGGUCUGUCACAGCAAAGGCUGGCAGCAAGGGGGCGCUGAAGUGAUUUGUGACUGAGUACAAAACAGCACUGGACUCUGGCUCGUAAAACAACAGCGUUUGACUGGGCCAGUCCAGCAGGAGGCCCACCUUCUGGGGUUUGAUCACCACCUGCAGCGGCACCUUCUUCCCCUGGUGAUAGAACGAGUACUCUCCGUCAUAGUGGCACAGCACCCACGACUGUGCGUUGUGUCCAAGCCGGGCCUCGUCUCCGGAGCCUUUGCGUUGCAGACUGGCGUAACAGACCCCCACCUUAAAGGCGGCGCUCUGACCCACGUCCAGCACCCAGCUGUGGCUACCAGAGGACAUGGAUAGUGAGCCCAUAGCAUUAGGCCAGUUGUCGAAGCGUGCUUCAUCGUAGGGCAGCGACUGGCGGCGUUUUUUAUGGAGAAAGGUCAGAGUGCAGUGGUCAUCAGACAGCGACAGGAGGGGACUUACUGUGCACGCGUCAAACUUUAAAGAAGAUGAACCAUAGGCUGCAAACAAAGUCACGUAAGUAUUAUACUCGAAAAUGAUUCAUGUCUGAAAAUGACUAACCAUUUGAUCCCUGCAGCAUGGCGGUGGCCCACAGUCCUCUCAAAAGCUUGCUGUCACUGCAGCCUGGCCUCAGGUUAAGCUGCUCUGUGUCGCAUGGCUCACCCAAUCCCUCAGCCUCCUCCACUCUACAGGCCACACAGGAAAAAAAAG